CCGCCUUGCUUUCGUGUCUCCCUUCUCUCGCCCCUCACACCUUUCUUCCCCACCCCUACUCCUGCCGGAAUCCGUGAUCCCGGCGCGAGCAUCUCACGCCCACUUCCCCUCAUCUCCUAGGAUCCAGCCUUCGCACGCUCGCCGGAGCCACCGAGCUACAACCAAGCACGCGGUGCCCGAUUCGCCGAGUGCGGCGGUGGCCAGGCCCAGAUCUGCGAGAUCGUCACCCACCACGCCCCGCCUCCUCCGAGUAAUGCUUCUGGGAUCCCUCGGGCUCGGACGCCGGGAGUGCUGAGCGGCAUCUAGUCGGCGGCGUGCUCCCGUGGCGGCGACUCGGGCGAGAUGCAGCGGAACGGGGUGAUGGAAUGCACUGCGUGCCGCUCCCGGCUGGUGGUGCCGAGCCCGCGGAGCGUGUCCAGGGCGUAUGACAAGCACCACAACAAGAUAACGUCCAAGUUCCGCGCGCUCAAAUUCCUCCUCGUCGUCGGCGACUGCAUGCUCGUCGGCCUCCAGCCCAUCCUAGUGUUCAUGUCAAAAGUAGAUGGGAAGUUCCAGUUCAGCCCCAUCAGUGUUAACUUUUUGACGGAGGUUGCAAAAGUUAUCUUUGCUAUCGUGAUGCUAAUUAUUCAGUCUCGAAAGCAAAAGGUUGGGGAAAAACCACUUCUGGCACGUUCAACCCUUAUGCAGGCAGCCCGCAACAAUGUACUCCUAGCUGUCCCUGCACUUCUAUAUGCCAUCAACAAUUACCUUAAAUUUAUCAUGCAGUUGUAUUUCAAUCCAUCAACUGUGAAAAUGCUAAGCAACCUAAAGGUACUGGUCAUAGCUGUUCUUCUGAAAUUUAUAAUGAGAAGGAGGUUCUCUGUUAUUCAGUGGGAAGCUCUUGCUCUAUUACUUAUUGGGAUCAGCAUCAAUCAACUCCGAACCGCGCCUGCGGGUGAUACAGCAUUUGGUCUUCCUAUCACUGCCAUCGCAUACAUCUAUACACUGAUUUUUGUAACUGUUCCAUCACUGGCUUCUGUCUACAACGAGUAUGCAAUGAAAAGUCAAGAUACUAGUAUUUAUCUUCAGAAUUUAUUUCUGUAUGGAUAUGGUGCAAUAUUCAACUUCCUCGGCAUCCUUGGGACGGCCUUAUUCCAAGGGCCAGAGAAUUUUAAUAUCCUUCAAGGGCAUUCAAGGGCUACGAUGUUUCUCAUAUGUAACAAUGCUGCGCAAGGCAUUCUUUCUUCAUUCUUCUUCAAGUAUGCAGAUACAAUUUUGAAGAAGUAUUCCUCAACUGUUGCCACAAUUUUUACUGGUCUAGCUUCUGCUGCUUUUCUUGGACAUACCUUGACUAUUAACUUUCUCCUGGGCAUAUCAGUGGUGUUUAUUUCAAUGCAUCAGUUCUUCUCACCUAUAGCUAAAGUCAAAGACGACAAACCAGGUGAAUUAUUGGAGUUGCAAGAUACACAGAAUCAUCGGUCAUCUGAUUCUUCUUUUGUAAAUAUGACUGCUGGUGCUGCUGAUGACGCCAGCCAUCAGCUUGGAACUGAUGAGAGGCAACCACUGUUGCCAAUUUGAAACGUAUAUUAUUAGGUAGGAUAGAAGACACUUUUUUUGCACGGUGCUUCCAACAGUCGGGGGACAGCAGAUUUUGUGUAGUGCUGCCAGUGAAAUAAACUACUGUACACUGUAAAGGCAAAGACAGAAGUUACAAAUGUGUUGCCCCUUUCCAUUUCAUUCUUUUGGAGAGGGUUGCGUGGUCAGGCGGCACAUCAUUACUUGGAUAGUAAGCAUAUAUUAUUACCACAGGAAGUCCCCAAUAUGAUACACAUAGAAAUCCAUUUUUUCCUGGAGCCUGUUAUGAACAGCCAAACAGUAUUAGUGAGGUAUUCUUUUGUACGGAAAUUUUGAGCUACCAAUCAUUAUAACAAUUCUUUAAAACUCUGUUCUCCUGGUGUUUAUGGUGACCAUUGAUUUUUUUUUUUGUGUGUGUUGUAAGAGGUUGAAGUCGAUCUUUGUAAAAUAUUAGUGUUUGAUGUUCAAACCUAAGAACUCUUGUUACUUAGUAGGACAGGAAGAGAUAAUUACUUCAUCCGAUCCAUAUUAAUUGUUGUUGAUUUAGUACAAAAUAUUUAGUUGUCGCUGUUUUA